UGGAGAAGUCGCUUUUUUUUCUUUUGCUUCCCGUGUGCUUUAUUACUCGGAGAGGAUGGUGCCUGGUCAAGAACAGACUUUCAGGAUCCCAAGCAUCUUUCUGAGUGGAUUACCAAACAUGAAAGCAGCAGGACAACACUGUCAAAUGAAGUAGUCAGAGCUAACACAGCUACCCAAUCUGACAGCGCACAUAAACGGGGUAUUGAGCAGUGAAACACCAGUUGAGGAGAACAGAGAUUUUGUAGGUGCAGAUUUGGAUGUGAAUUGAGAGCACAGCCCGAGCUGCCACGGCUCUGACACACAGACCACUGAAUGGUUGCAAGUUGGUGUGUCAUUAGGAUUCGGAUCAGGAUGCUGUCUCAGUCGACACAAACUGAGGUGCCAAUUAUACAGCCCGUGUGUCGAAGACUGCCUGGUCGCCACUGACCCUGUUAGCCGGCUUUAAUGUCAACUCCCUGGCUCCUAAGUGGAGGGAAUUACCCCACUUUUAGUCUCCAAUCAGGAAAAAAAGAAGAGCAACACAGCAAAAUGCAGAGCUUGACUCUUUUUCAACCCAUGCGCUCUUUCCAGGGUCUGACUGCUCUUGCUCUCUGCUGAAGCACAGGGUCAGGACUGUGUGGAUAAAACCCUGAGGGUUUUGACAUUUCAGCCUCACUGUCUUUUUUUUUUUUGUAAUUAUUUUUUGCUCCUCUUCUGGCCUUGGUGCAUUUUGGAGGGGGCCCAGAUGAUGGGGUGGUGUUGUUCAGGCAUAUGCAGAGCCCUGGCUCUCCUGGCACUCCUGUUUCCCUUGCGGGAGAGGGGCUGCUGGGGGCUGAAUCCCAGCUCUGGGGAUCUGGAGAAGUCCCCACACUCUGAUCCAGACCCCUGGGAGGCCCUACACAGGCACAAACGCAGCUGGGUAUGGAACCAGUUCUUCGUAUUGGAGGAGUACACAGGAAAUGAACCGCUCUAUGUUGGCAAGCUACACUCAGAUGUGGACAAAGGAGAAGGCAAGGUGAAGUACGUGUUAUCCGGCGAGGGUGCCACCUCCAUCUUCACCAUUGAUGAGAACACGGGUGACAUCCACGCCACAAAGCGCCUCGAUCGGGAGGCGCAGGCAUACUACACCCUCCAAGCUCAAGCUGUGGACAGAAUCACCAACAUACCCGUAGAGCCCAGGUCUGAAUUUGUGGUCAAGGUCCAGGACAUCAACGAUAAUGAGCCAAAGUUUCUUGAUGGACCGUACUUGGCAGGGGUACCAGAGAUGUCACCCUUAGGAACCAUGGUAGUGCAAGUGGCAGCCACAGAUGCAGAUGACCCAACAUAUGGGAACAGUGCCAGGGUGGUGUACAGCAUCAUCCAUGGACAGCCGUACUUCUCAGUGGAGCCCAAGACAGGUGUCAUCAGAACAGCUCUGCCCAACAUGGACCGCGAGACAAGGGACCAGUAUGUGCUCGUCAUCCAGGCAAAAGACAUGGUGGGCCAGAUGGGUGGCCUCUCCGGCACCACCUCCGUUACUGUCACGCUUACUGAUGUCAACGACAACCCGCCUCGGUUCGCUCACAAGAACUAUCAGUACACGGUGCUGGAGUCGCUGCCGGUGCAAUCUGUGGUGGCCAGAAUCAAAGCGGCUGACGCUGAUAUAGGCUCCAAUGCAGAGAUGGACUACAGGAUCAUGGACGGAGACGGGCCCGGCAUAUUCAACAUAACAACAGAUGAGAACACACAAGACGGGGUCAUCGUCCUUCUGAAGCCUCUAGACUUUGAAACAAAGAGCAGCUACUCUCUAAGAAUCGAGGCCACUAACAGGAAUAUUGACUCCAACUUCUUGAGCUUGGGCCCUUUUAGCGACACAACAUCAGUCAAGGUGACAGUGGAAGAUGUGAACGAGCCACCCGUCUUUUCCACACCGCUUAGCAGGAUGUCUGUUCCGGAAGACGCCAGAGUGGGCACCUCAAUCGGGAGAGUCUCUGCUCAUGACCCAGACACCUCCAACAAUGCCAUCAGGUACUCCAUUGACAGGAACACAGACUUGGAGCGUUUCUUCAACGUGGACGCUCUGAGUGGGGUCAUCAGCACAGCCAAGCCUCUGGACCGAGAGGUCAACCUGAUCCAUAACCUCACCAUCUUUGCCAUCGAGACCCAGGACCCAACCCAAAUUGGAAAAGGCAUCGCUCUCAUCACAGUGCUGGACAUAAAUGAUAAUGCACCGGUCUUUGCCAUAGACUAUGAAACCCUCCUCUGUGAAAACACCAUGCCAGGACAGGUGAUCCAGACCAUCAGCGCUGUGGAUAAGGACGAACCUUUGAGUGGUCAUCGCUUUUAUUUUGCACUUGCUGCACCUGUUGCCGGCAACCUCAACUUCACCCUGCGAGAUAACAAAGACAACACAGCGUCCAUACUGACAAAACGAGGUGGUUUCAGGAGACGGGAGCAACCUAUAUACCGGCUGCCGGUGUUGAUCGUGGACAGUGGAAGUCCUGCCCUCAGCAGCACAAACACACUCUCAGUGCGAGUGUGUGACUGCGAUUCAGACGGCGUGGCCUUGUCCUGUGGAGCCGUGGCCUACACUGCCACUGGCCUGAGCACCGGCGCCCUCCUGGCUAUUUUAGGCUGCAUCAUCACGCUCCUGGUGAUGGUUCUGCUAAUUGUGACAAUGCGUCGGAGGAGGAAGGAGCCUUUGAUUCUUGAGGAGGAGAGGGACAUCAGAGAGAACAUUGUCCGCUACGACGACGAGGGCGGAGGAGAGGAGGACACAGAGGCCUUCGACAUGGUCACCCUUCGCAACCUAAACGUCAUCAGAGACCCCAACGUUAGACGAGACGUCACACCAGAUACUCCCACCUUCUUUCAUUACCCCACAACUACUCGCCCAUCCUAUAAAUCCCUGCCGGACAACGUGGUGUUUCGAGAGUUUAUUUGGGAGCGACUUAAGGAUGCUGAUGUGGAUCCGUCAGCUCCCCCGUAUGACUCUCUGCAGACAUACGCUUUUGAAGGCAGCGGCUCUGUAGCAGAGUCACUAAGCUCUUUGGAGUCACUAAGUACAGACUCAGAUCAGAACUAUGACUAUCUCAGCAACUGGGGACCACGCUUCAAAAAGCUGGCUGACCUGUACGGCAACAGCGACGCCUCCGGUGUCUUCUCUUAGCCCCCGGAUGUCUCUCUUAACAUUUCUUGGACUUAAAAAGAAAAAAAAUACAAGUAAUUUAUUGUCAGAGAAAAUGAUUUUGUCUGCCUUAGUGCAUCGGAGGAGAAGAUUCAAAGACAAACACAAGAGAGAUUGAAAGAAAAACACUUUGACUUCAAAGGUUUUUGGUUUGUUUACCUCCUUGUGUGGAUUUUUCAGAAGCGUGCCAUGGUAAGUUUUGACACAGACUUCAAAAGUGGCUUGACUGAGGAUGAGACCUUGUGUGCAAAAGACAUUAAAGGUUUCAAAUUUUGGGCUCCAGUCCAACCAUUGACUGCAGAAUGCAUACAUGUUGGAGCAUUUUUACGGGGAGGCACCUGUCCUUUCAUUCCAGCGAUGGGCAUGGGCCCAGCACUCUUGCUUUGAUGCAUUCCUUUGCUAUCUUUGUGCUAAAAAAAACCAUAAACGUUUCUCAUGAAAUGCAGUAUCCCUGGCGGCUAAUCAGCAGUCACCCGACUGUUCAUAUGAAAUUUGACAACAAUUUCUAUCGAAUUCUUUUUUUGUUUUUUUGGUUGGGGAUCAGGGUAAUGAAGCUGUUUUUCAUAAACAUUUUCCACAUUAUUCAUAGACUCAUACCUCUCAACGCCAUGAAAAGUGCAGCUGCACUCGUACAGUAUAAACAAAUAGUUGAUGUGCUAAGGAAGUGAUGUGAAGACAUAAGUUGUGCAAAUAAUAAAAAGAAUGACACUUCAGUUUGAUGUCUCCACUGGGUGAAGCAGGAGCGUAUAAUUUAUCUUAUUCUCCUAACAAUACAUUUUGCAGAUGUUGCAAUGUAGUGUUUGUCUGAGUCUGUUUUUCUUCAGCCUUUCUAUUGCCAAGUCCAAUGUAUGAUUUCUGAGCUAUAAAAUGUCAGGAUUUGGUUGUUCUGCUUUUGUACUAGGCGGGGGGGCCUUGGAACGUCUGGUAGACAGGAAAGCUUUGUUGAGGGAUCAGUCUUUGUUGUGCUUGAUAGCGAAAUUCACGCCACCUAGACUCUAGAAAAAAAGAAUUUGUUUCUGAAGUGACAGUCCUUAACCGGGUGAAGUUUGUAAGUAAAUGAAUUUUGCUUCUGUAGUUUGCAGAGUGCAGCAUAUAUUGUCAUUCAGAGAUGAAAUCAAUAAUGUCCAUGGUUUGUUUGUUAAUUAAUGGUGAAAGGACACACUGUAUGAUAAUUUGUUUUUCCAGCUUAAACAAAUUAUGUUACAAUUGGGUGUUAACAUGUACAACUGAUAUGUAUUAUUAUUUAUUUUGAAGAGGCAGAAUUGUGCAAAUGAUGUUUUUAUCCUUUUUGCUGAAAAUAAAAUUGACAUUCAGUUCCUUAAAAA